AUGAUAGCACGACAGGCGCUCUGCAGAGCCGUGCCACGCUCGAGUGUAGCCUUGCAAGCUACACUGAGCGCAAGGGGCGUCAAGACUUGGGCGAACGUCCCUGCCGGUCCUCCCGAUCCUAUUCUCGGUGUCACUGAGGCUUUCAAGGCCGACAAAGACUCUCGCAAGAUCAACCUCGGCGUGGGAGCGUACAGAGAUGAGAACGGCAAGCCUUACGUUUUGCCAUCUGUGAGAAAGGCAGAGGAAGCAGUCAUUGCUAAGAAAGGAGACAAGGAGUACUUGCCCAUCACGGGCUACGCCGAUUUUACAAAGAACGCCGCCAUCCUUGCUUACGGCAAAGAUAGCUUGCCCGUCAAGGAGAACAGAAUUGCCAUCACUCAGUCUAUCUCGGGUACGGGUGCAUUGAGGAUUGGCGGUGCUUUCCUGCAGCGACACUAUCCUCACUCAAAAUCGAUCUAUCUGCCCAGCCCGACUUGGGGUAAUCAUAUCCCCAUCUUCAAGGAUUCUGGUCUCGAAGUCAAGCACUAUGCGUACUAUGACAAGAAGACUGUCGGCCUCGAUUUUGAUGGCAUGAUAAACGACAUCAAGGCCGCGCCGAACAAGUCGAUCAUCCUUCUCCAUGCUUGUGCGCACAACCCGACAGGCGUUGAUCCUACGAAAGACCAAUGGAAGAAGAUUGCCCAGGUCAUCAAGGAAAAGGAACAUUUUACCUUCUUCGAUAUGGCCUACCAAGGCUUCGCAUCCGGCGACGUAGACGGCGAUGCUUUUGCGCCCCGCUACUUUGUCGAACAAGGUCUCGAAAUCAUCCUGUCGCAAUCUUUCGCAAAGAAUAUGGGUCUCUACGGCGAACGCGUCGGCGCAUUCUCCGUCGUCUGCUCCUCGCCCGAAGAGAAAGCUCGGGUGGACAGCCAAAUCAAGAUCAUCGUUCGACCGCUCUACUCGAACCCGCCAGUGCACGGUGCAAGGAUUGCUGGUUCAAUCUUGGCUGACCCUGCUCUGUAUGACGAGUGGCUCAAGGAAGUCAAGGGAAUGGCAGACCGUAUCAUUGGCAUGCGCUCAGAUCUCAAAAAGCUGCUGGAAGAGUCUGGCAGCAAGCAUAAUUGGGACCACAUUGUCUCGCAAAUCGGCAUGUUUGCGUUCCUAGGCAUAUCGCCUGAAGUUGUCGAGAAGCUCAAGAACGAGCAUCACGUCUACUUGACCAAGGAUGGCAGAAUCUCAGUUGCCGGUGUGACGCCUCAUAACAUCAAGCAUCUCGCAGAAUCCUUGCACAAGGCUACGAGUUGA